AUGCGAGGUUUAUUGAGGAUCAGUGAUAAGCUUAUUGAGGACGUAUCAGUCAUUCGUACAGAGACUUAAUCAAGGACGAACUGUACCGAAUUCCCAUAAGAUGAAACAUAGUAAAGCGAAGGUGCAAGUGAUACAAUGGUCCGGAAUUAAAAGAUGUAGCUCAAACCGUGUCAUGCGUACUGCUAAUAAUAUAUCUCAGGAGACAGUCUUCACGGGCCAUGUGGUUGAUCAGAGUGAAGAUAAACACGUCGUUGUAGUCCCGAUAGACAACCAAAAUGCUGAUUACUGGCAAGUCAGAAAGAUGAUCAUCCGAAUAGCGAUCUUCACCCUGGUGUGCAUCGGCUUCUACGAGAAAGCACUGACGCGACCCCAGUCCGAAAUCCCGAAAGUCCACCUGCACACUGGGACCGUCUUGGGCACUGUGGAGACUUCCCCCGGCGGGAGGUUCUACUACGUCUUCAGGAGCAUUCCGUAUGCUGAGCCGCCCGUCGGAGAGCGCAGGUUCAAGCCCCCAGUGCCAGCAACUGCUUCGGAAGGAGUGGCAAAUCACCUGAAAUGGCCCCCGAGCUGUCCACAAGUUACAAAAGGGAAGCAGUUAAUACAUGUUAAAGAAAUAAUGGGCGAGGAAGACUGCUUGUAUCUCAAUGUAUUCACUCCGUCGAUGCAGGAAAAGAAUUACCCCGUGAUGGUGUACAUCCACGGAGGCGCCUUCCUCACCGGGAACGCCAGCCGCCACAACCCCGAGCUCUUCCUGGACCAAGACAUUGUCGUUGUUACUAUUCAGUAUCGUCUGGGAGUUCUUGGAUUCCUGUCGACGGAGGACGAGGCGCUGCCGGGCAACCUGGGGCUGAUGGACCAGACGCUCGCCCUCCGCUGGGUUCACGAGAACAUCGCUCGCUUCGGAGGCGACGUGACGAGGGUCACCGUCGCCGGCUUGAGUGCCGGCGCUGCCUCGGCCCACAUGCACCUGUUCAAUCCCCACGCGAAAGGAUUUCUUUCUCGGAUUCUUUCUCCCGCAGGACUGUUCUCGCGUGCCAUCCUCAUGUCGGGCCCUGAGGAAGGGCCACAGAAAGGUCGCAAUGGCAGUUGGCGAAAAAUUCAACUGCCAAUCGGACCCUCGGGUCGCAAGCGGCGUCGAGAAGAGCACACUCUUGGUGGAAUGCCUUCGAAGAACUCCUCUCAAGGAGCUCGUUUCCUCCUUCAUGGACUUCCAGAGGCUAGAGUUCCUGUGUGGAACAGCCUCCCGUGGGAGACGGUUCCCCGGGUGGACGGCGACUACCUGCCCGAUCACCCGGCGCGCCUCCUCGCUCAGGGGCGCUUCCAUGACGUCAGCAUCGUCACCGGCGUCAACCUCCACGAAGGGCGACUCGUCACCCAAGGUAUGUUCUCCAAUCCGGAGGUGUUCCGAGCGUUGGCGACCGACUUCGACUCCGUCGCGCCCAGCGUGGCGCUGCUCUUCGAGGAGGGCGACUACUGGCCGAGGAGCCUCGCCCGCCGCGCCUUCGAGCACUACCUCGGGGGCACCGAGAUCAGCGCCAGCAGCCACGCCGACGAAGUGGCGCUCACGCAGUUAUUCGGAGACCGCUUCUUCAAGAUCCCGCACGAUGACACGUGGAACCUCACUUGGCACCAUCUUGGUCCCGGCCGCGUCUUCGCCUACGAGCUCAUGCACAACAGGGGGCAGGAGUGGGUUGUGCAUCCGGCAAUACUGCAGUACCUGUUCCCUUACCCCGACGCCCCGCGACUCAAGGGCGAGGACAGACAGCUCUCGGACACGUUGCUCAAACUGUGGGUGAAUUUCGCAUCAACGGGGGACCCGACACCCAACUCCUCUCUGGGCUUCCGCUGGGCGUCCGUCAGCGCCUCCAGACAGGCCCACCUCAGCCUCACGCCUACGCCUGUUAUGACGUCAUCCUCGAGACUGAACGAAUGGUUGUUGUGGACCUCAUUCCCAACCGAAGCGAACAGGUUCCUUCACCUCGACCGCAUUCAAGAGUAUGUGCGAUCGCAUGCCAGAGAUAUUGGAUAAGAUGAUAGGUUUAAGCAUGUAUGUAGGUAUGUAUUGCUUAUACCGUGCAAGUCGGGAGUUUUACAGCGUUAUAUACCAUAAUA